AGAUGAAGGAUCUCGGAGCCGAAGAACAGAUGGGCACUUGGCUCUUCAAGCAGCUGAAGCUCCAUUUAGAGCAAGAAUGGAAAUACCAACCUCAGGAGAAGGGCUUGAGCCUGAUCGAGUGCACUGCAGAGAAUGAAAACACUUUAUGUCCAAGACUAAGGAAUGCAAAAGUAGAAGAUCUAUGGAGCCUAACCAACUUCUUUGGGUUUGCCAUGGAAACAUUUGUCCUGGCGGUCAACAUUCUGGACAGAUUUCUGGCACUUAUGAAGGUGAAACCAAAGCAUUUGUCAUGCAUUGGAGUCUGUUGUUUCCAGCUGGCUGCUCGAGUGAUCGAAGAGGAAUGCAACAUCCCCUCCCUCCAUGAUGUCAUCCGCAUCAGCCAAUGCAAAUGCACUGUGUCCGACCUGAAGCGGAUGGAAAAAAUAAUCUCGGAAAAACUGCACUUUGACUUCAAAGCUACUACUGCCUUAACCUUUUUGCAUUUGUACCAUACUAUUGUUCUGUGUCAUACCUCAGAAAGGAAAGAAUUGCUGAAUCUCGACAAACUGGAAGCACAACUUAAAGCUUGUAACUGCCGACUAGUUUUUUCAAAGGCAAAACCCUCCAUCUUGGCCUUGUGCCUUCUCACUCUGGAAGUGCAGUCUUUGAAAUCCAUCGAAUUGUUUGAGAUUGUCCUGCGUGUUCAAAAGCAUUCAAAGAUAAGCGACAGUGACUUGCUCUAUUGGAGAGAGCUGGUCUCAAAAUGCUUGGCAGACUACUCUUCUCCGGCGUGCUGUAAGCCAGAUCACAAAAAGCUAGUCUGGAUUGUUUCGAGACGUACCGCCCAAAACCUUCAAAACAGCUACUACAGUGUUCCUGAAUUGCCCACCAUCCCUGAGGCUGGAUGCUUUGAUGAAAGUGAGAGUGAGGACUCCUGUGAAGAUAUGAGCUGUGGAGAAGAAAGUCUUAGCAGUUCUCCACGUGACCUGGAAAGCACUUUCUUCUUUGACCUCAAACCCAAAGUGAAGUGGCAGGCUCUCUUUUGAAUUGGUGUGCUGCAUGGAGCUGUUAAUGUAUGGUAGUACUUUUAACAAUAAGUAGCUACGCGCACUCUGAAUCUUGGCAGGAAUUCUCACUUAAGUACCCAAACUGUGUAAUGUACUUUCCCUUUAGUAUGGC